AAUCGAAGGCAGAGAGGGGAAACAAUGGAGGCGCUGCUGCAGCUGGAGAAGGUCCAGAGGGUGCUCUCCCUCAUGGGCUCCCGUGGCCUCUCCGAUUCCACCGCCGGCGGAGGCGGCGGGGACCGCUUCCUCGCCCACUUCCUCCUCUUCAUGGUGCAACCUUUUGAUUCACUUACCAUGGGAAAGAAGAUCUUAUUGGUCUCUGAGCUGUUAAGAGAGGUUAACUCUAAUACUCUUGAAGAAGUACAACAUCUCGCAAGUCUGGAGGGUGCUAAAAGUGAAGACAAAGUGAGGAUUAUCCUUCCUUCACCUUGCGAUCAAGAUAUAUCUCCUGGAGAUUUACUUCAGCCAACUAAGAAGUUCAAGAUGGAUACUGAGAAAUUAACCAUACAUGAUGUGCCUAUGAUUGGAUUUGAUGCAAUGAGGAGAGCCAAUUCCACACUUGAAGAUUUUUGCAGAUCAUACUUUAUAUUCCAUGGUUUGGACAUUAACAAACCACAAGCUGUUUUCAAGUUUCUUCCUUUUCUUUCAUUCACAGAGAGCUACAUAUACCAGUUAGAUGCUUCAAAUGAAGACAGUUUGCUUUCGGUCCCAGACAAAUAUCCUUCAACAGUGUUGGAAAGGGAAAAAAUGGCUUCAACUCAGGCAUCUAUGUUUGACAUGCUUGACCCUCUUGAUAAUCUUCUUCAGUGCCAGGGGUUAAUGACAGAUCAAUUGCGAAAUGAACUCAAAUCUGGCAUCCAGUAUUGGUCUCUGGAGAGGAAGCUUUGUCGAGCAUUAUCGAGAAAUAAUAAGAUAUCCAUUGAUGACGUGAUGAAAGCAAUUCAUCUCAAAUCAUUUGAUUAUCGAGUUCUUAAUCUGAUGAUGUAUCAGCUUACUGGUCAGCAGGUCAAUGAAUUGCAUAUGGAGUUCCUGACCGUCUCGGAAUUUCUAGUUGAGAUAUCUGAUGACCUGUACGAUUAUGAAGACGAUGUGAUCAAUAAUACUUUUAACAUCCUCCGCAUGUUUGCUGCGAUAUAUGGACCUUUGGAUGCACCAAAGAUGUUGGCCAAGUGCAUAGGUGAAGCUGAGGAAAAAUAUGAGAGGUUUUCAAAGAAAUUGGACCCUAGCCUCUCAAGGAGUUACUGGAGAAGGUGUGAGGAAGCUACGAGGGAAGGUGGGAAAAUAUCCAGCCAUACAUAUGGCACGUGGAACAUCCCUCCUCUGAUAAGAGAUGAAGAAUCAUUCCGCCGUGAUAGAAUGAACAAAGAUGGUGAUUCUGCUGUGACCAUCAGAUGACACAUAUCCUGUUCUGAGCAUUUCAAAUAGAAGUUCAAAUCAUUGCUGGCAGUACCUUGCCGACUAUGUGCUCCUUAGGUCUAUCUGUUCCUGUAGGGUACAAUGGGGAAGUUAUCUGUCAUCCUUUGUAUCAGGUGUCAGGGUGUGCUGUCAUCUCAUGCAGUUCACUCAAGUUAAAUUUGACAAUAUUUUGAAGAGCUAGGAGCAGCGUAAUUUAUAUAGAGAUGUCUUGCUGUUUUUGGUGGAUGUGGGCCAGU